AUGUCCAAUAUAACCAAUCAAACGGAAAUUCCAUUCGAAACAGUUCAAUCAACGAUCGUUUACGGCGUUAUUACAGGACUAACUAUCCUGACUAAUAUUUUUAUGUUAGCAUUAAUUGUAUCGGAGCGUAAACUUCAUACGAUGUCCAACUGGAUCAUGGCUAGCAUGUUUUGUGCUGGAAUCAUCUUUGGCCUACUUUAUUUAUUACCUCGAUGGGUACUCUAUUAUCAGUGGGUUAAACAGGAUCCAAUCGCAUGCACUGUUCUACCAUUAACUGGUAUUGGAUUAAUUGUGAACUUAAAUUUACAUUUAACCUUAGUCAGUUUGGAUCGCUACUUUUGCGUAAUAUUUCCCUUUAAAUAUGAAAUGAGGAAAACGCGUUUAAUUGCUAUGUCAUCCGUAGCCGCUGUCUGGUUAUUGAGUAUUUUUAGUGCAUAUUUGCCGCUAUUUACAAUAUUAAUGCCCCCACCCAAUACCUGUGUUAAAUUCAGGCCUGCUAACCCAGUCCAUCACGCUUAUUUAAUCACUAUUUUCAGUGUUUUAUUUUUCUUUCCAUUGCUGGUGUUAAUUGUGACUUAUACACAAAUCUUGUUCAUUGUUAACAGUCACACACAACGUGAUAAAAUCAUCUCUCGACGUGCUAGUACGCCAAUCUCAGUCAUUAAGCGUAAUAUCCGAGCAAUCAAACAUAUGGCCAUCAUGAUUGGUAUCUUUAUCCUAUUUUGGCUGCCUUACGUUGUUGUCUUUUUAAUGUUAUAUUCCUCCAAAUUUGUUACACCUACGACAGCACAAGUGAUACGCAGCUUGCAGUAUUUAGCUUUUUCCUAUCCAGCUAUGAAUCCACUCCUUUAUGGCUAUUUUACAGCUAGUUUACGUAGGGAAAUUGAGAAACGAGUUCGUGCUACAUGGCUUGGCAAUCUUCUGUGUAGUCGAUUGGCAAGCAAUAAUCGCGCUAAUACUGUGCACAAUCCAACUGUGGACAGUAUUGUUGCACAAGAUUGGAAGCGAAAAUCAUCUGCUCAUACUAUUACCGCUUUCAAUGUCGAACAAGCAAAUUGUGUUAAAUGA